GUUUCACAGGUGUGUCUCUCCGCAAAACACCAGAAAGCAGAACGAAACUUAGACAAAUCCCUGCUCAUUUCGGUCUUUUUGAUCAAAGGCGAUGGCAGGUUCAAACAGACAUCAUCACACAAGGGACAGAGACAAAAGAGAUGAUCACAGACAGGACAGGAGAUACAGAGAGGACAGGGGGACGCCAGACGGAGAAGACAGAUCACGAAACCCCCGAGAUAAACAGAGAUACACUGACCCCCAGAGGGACCCCCGGGUGUAUGAGGACACCCGACACCACAGUCAGGCCGCGCCCAGCAGUUACACAGAAAAUUCAUCUUCGUACUAUGAUGACAGUCAAACAUAUCAUCGUGAAGAGGCACUUUAUAACCUCAGAUACUUGACAACAAGCAGAGGCAUCUCUCAGGGCUUAGAAUUCACCUUAAGCCUAUUAAUCAUCAUCUGUGCUGGAGUAAACUACAAUAACACGGGUCGCUAUCGGGACAUCGCCAGCCUAGGCGGUUUAUACCAAUACUAUUACGGCGGAGCCAACGCUUUCACAGGAGCAGAGGCGCAGAAGGUCCAACAACUAGAUGACCAGUUCUACCAGCUCAAACUGCCUCCGUACAUCUUCAGCAUGGCCUGCGGAGGCGCACUGAUGUUUUACGCCGGUGUCCUGCUGGCUCUGGGAGUUUUCCGGAUGCCAUACCGAUUCCCUCCACUCCUCCUGGGCGAAGCUCUGCUGGAUGUGCUCAUAGGCUUUGGGUUUAUUCCCGCCGUUGCUUUCUACUUCAUCAAGCUGCAGGAGAUCUACAACAACUCCAUCUGCAAGGAGAGGGAAGCCAUGUACAGCGGCAAAGGGCUCAGAGGGUUCGAGUGCAAUUUCAACGGCGCAGACGUCGCCGGUGGGCUGUUUGGUGUUUUGGGGGUCAUUAUUUUCCCUGUUAGCGCAGUGUUUGCUAUUAGGGCCUUCAGAAGAGUGAGGAAGAUGAAGCAGAGCCCGGCAGAAGACAACAAUCUGUGAGGGUUUAAGCAUUUCAGAUGGAAAUACACAUGCGAAGAAGCUCAGGAGCUCUUUGGUUAGUAUUUUAGAAUAGCAGAAGGAUAUUUUUUCUUUUUUACUAUUAUGUUUUUGGUAUGUUUAUGUUGCUUCUGUGAGUUUAUUUUAUUAUAAAUGACUUAUUCGUACUUUUAUAUAUGUGCUUUUAUAUGAUCUUCAUAAAUUUCUAUAAGGUUAAUGUAUUUACUAACGUGAACAUUUUCUUAUUCAUUAUUAAAAUCCAAAUUGUUAGCAUUAGUUAAUUCCCCAUGAGUUAACAUGAACUAACAAUGAACAGCUUUAUUGACAUUAACAUCAAGAAAGAUGAAGAAAUAUCGUUAUAAAUAUGUUGUUCAUUGUUUAGUUGUUACAUACAUUAACUCAUUGUAGUGUUACCAGGAUUUGAUUAACAAGGAACACUAUAUAUUAAUAAAAUUUAGGUGUACAAUUACACAAAAUAUCUGUAUUUAGAGAUCUGUAUUUAAUAUAGAGAUUUCAGUUUGGAGUUUAGUAUUUGUGCAGCGUCUACGUAUUUUUCCUUUUUUAUUGUUGUCGAGAAUUUAUUCUAAAGGACUUUUUGGUUGUAUUUUUAUAAAAGUACUUUUAUUUUACUAAUUUGAUUAAAAGGAAUACACAAUGUACUGAACAUCAAGCUGCACAAAAUGAACGUCUUAAUAUACUAAAUAAUUCCUGAAGAUAUUCAAAAUUAUGUAUUUGUCCUAUUUUAUGCUUUGAUUUUUAUAUUAAAGUUUUAACGUCACAUAAUCUUUACCAUCAAAUGAAUAUUUAAGUCUUCAAAGUGUAAACUUACACAAACUGUUAUAUAUUACACAGUCAUAGGUUAAUUAUUAUUUUAAAGAGAUUCCAGUUUGGAUUGGAGUAUUUUUACAGCGUCAAAUAAAGAGAUUGCAAUCAAAUAAAGAGUUAUAAUUAAUUAUGCAAACUAAAUUAUUUCUGUAGAUUUUCAUCAGAUAAUAAAUCUUUUGAUAGGACGCUUUUUGAUAGGACGCGAACCCAUAAAUACAAGACUUUUUCUGAAAGAGCGUAUGGGGCACUUAAAAAAAAAAGAGUGUUAUAGUUAAUUAUGCAAACUAAAUUACUAUUCCAUAUUUUCAGCAGUUAAUAAAUAAAACAUUUUAUAGGACACAAAGCCAUAAUACAUUUCAUACAUUUAAAAAGCAUAUGGGGCAUCUAGAGUUAUAAUUAAUUAUGCAAAUUAAAUGAUUUCUGUACAUUUUCAUUCAAUUUUGAAAGGAUGUAAACCCAUAAUACAAGACUUUUCAUACAAUCAAAUAAGCAGAUGUUGUCGGAGCGGUAGCCUAGUGGUUAGCGCGCUGACAUGUGGUGCAGUAGCACUUCAGGGCAUCCCGAGUUUGAAUCCCGGCUCAAGGACAUUUCUUCCUGUCAGAAAUACUGUCCUAUCCACUUAAUAAAGGCAGAAAGACCAAAAAUAAAUAAAAAAAAAAAGCAAAUGUUGCAAUUAAACAAAAAGUUAUAAUUAAUUAUGCAAACUAAAUGAUUUCUGUAGAUUUUCAUCAGUUAAUAAAUACAUUUUUGUUUGGUGUAAACUUAUAACACAAGACUUUCCAUAGAUUUAAAAAAGCAUAAUUUAUUAUCAUUAUGUUUACUUUCCUUUAGAGGAUAUGUUUGUUUAUAAUUCAUAAAUUAAAUUUAUUUUAUUUUGAGGGGAUAGUGGGGAAAAUAAGAAAAAUAAGACAAACUGUAAUUUUUCCUAUGUUGCAUUGUAUACAGUGAUGUAUUGUCUUGUGAAACACCAAUAAAAAAAAAAAAAAUAGCAUAUGGGGCACUUAAAGUGAGUUAUAAUUAUGCAAACUAUAUUUCUGUAGAUUAUAACCAUAAUACAAGGCAUUCAUGCAUUUGAAAAGCAUA